AUAUCCCAAUAACAAACCACGAGCAUUUUCUUUAACAUUUGCAUCACUCCACACACUAUCUUACCCUAUACUUCCGCUCUCUAGAAACUUUUUUUUCUUUUUCAAGAAAAUCUAGUGAAAAUACACCAAAGAUCUUCCUGAUCUUCUCUUCUUGAUUUGGUGGCUUGGAUUGAAGACUACAAUACAUUGCACUGGACCGAUCAACAUGCCGUGGGCAUUUUCUUCUUUGAGUUACAUUGUGAAGUGUGUGCGCUUGGUGGUAUUCUUUCGCGUAAUUCUGUAACCCAUUUUACUUGAUUGCGAGAUCUCUAUAUUUUCUGUCUUGUGAUAUUUCUUGAAACUAAAGUCCAUUUGGAGGGUGAGAAUGUACAUUGCGAUUACCUUGAAGAGAUACAGAGCAGUCAAAGAAGCUGGUGAGAUUAAAAUGCAUGUGGGGAGUGUUGCUUAUUACCAAUUGAUGCUAGUUUGUCAGGCUGAGUAUUUCCGUCAGUUGCUUAAACCUGUAACGUAGUCUGGUCAAGUGAAAGCUUGGGGAGGUUGGGAUUGCUUGCUUCUUGUUGCUCUUAUUCAGCAAAGCCUGUGGAAGUUGGGAUUUGUUGGCUCUCUUCAGUGUAUAAGAAAUCAGAAUGACCUCAUUAAGCACUGAGUGUGGUUACUGUUGAUUGGAAUUCUCAGUGCGCUUUUACUACAACUAAUACACCUUGAACUUACUCUGUUUUUUCUGUGCUUUUCGUAAAUUUUAGUCAUUUUUGUAGUUAAAAAUUUCCAAUUGGAAAACACAUUUCUAGUCCAGCUUAGUUACUCAUGCAGAGUAACUAUCAAUUUUCCCCUGAAAAUCCUUUUGUCUCUCUGGAAGACCAAGCAGCUGGUGGUAACAUAUUCGAUAUUCCUGCUCCAUCAGUCUUUGGUACAAUGGAACUUCCCACUGGUUUGAGAUCUUCUGUGCCCUUUCAUGGUUUCGAAUUUCAGUCCUCUGAGGCAUGUCCAAAGAAUUUCAUCAUCUUUGAUCAGACCGAUUACCGGAGCCAGAUCAUGUACCACCCUGCCAUGGCUUCCAAGUUUCCAUAUCCUGAUUUGAAUUAUAAUGCAACUUGCUUCCAACACGGGAUGGAGAGAAAAAUUGCAAUUGCAAAUAAUGAGAAUACAGAAGUUUCUUCUUCAUAUCUGAAGGAAGAUUCAGCCGAUAUAAAUGCAUUACUCAGCUUGGAAGAGGAAGAACACGAGGAAUAUGACCAUGAAGAGGUCAGCACCGCACGCACCAAUGCGAACUAUGGAAGCAGUUCCCCUGAAUCGUACUCCAACUACGAUUGUCAAUCCAAAAAGAGCAGGACCUCUUCUUCUUUCAGGAAGUCUUCUGGCAGUAGUACUAGCAAUUGCAGUGAGAGAAAACGCCGGAAACUUAAGAAGAUGGUCAAGGCUUUAAAGGGAAUUGUCCCUGGUGCCAGCAGGAUGAAUACUGUCACCGUUCUUGAUGAAGCUGUCAGAUACCUCAAGUCACUUAAGGUGGAAGUUCAGAAGCUUGGAGUUGAAAAUUUGAAGACAUUUGCUUGAUCUGCUAUUUGGUAUGAGUAACUUCGCUUCCUUUAUCACCACCGUCUCAGUUGAAGUCGUUAUGAACUCUUAGUUAUAUCUUUUGCAUAUGUGAAGAACUUCUUAUGCAUUGAUCACCUAUGCGGUACUGCUCAGUUGCUGCUCUGGAGGGGAGAACAUAACGUAGAAUAUGGUCCUUUGUCUGAUGAUAGGACAAUAAGUCUAUUUUAACCAGUCUGCUGUAGUAGCUAGCUGCUCUAUCUAAUUUCUCGUCCUAGCAUAUGUUUCCACUAGUUGCAAACUUUAUUAUUGUAUUUGAAUAAUUCUCCAGUAUGUCCGCUUUCUGAAACUUUCACCUAUUGGAGCUAUUUGUUUUUGGUUUUAUUAAUACGAUUCUGAUGGUUUAAGAGAAAUGAUUUGUUUAAUAGAUAAUGGGAUGAUGAUUACACUUUAUGCAAGCGUGUUAUGGUCGAA